AUGGAAACGACAGUCCUCUAUCUGGCCCGAGACCCGGUCUUCGAGAAAGAACGAGCAUUUGACACAGACUACCUGGCUGAGGACGUUGGCGACAUUCGAAAGACGAACCAUGUCUUCGACAGACAGCCGGUCGUAGUGCAUAACAUCGAAGAUCCGACACACUGGGACAUCGACACUCAUGGCUUCUGUCUACUCAAGGCUACAACUCGUUUGGACCCCGAUGCGGCGUUCAACAAUAAAGAAGAGGUACAGAAGUCGUAUUGGUAUGACCUGGAAGCACUGCUCCAUGAGAGAUUUCCAGAAUACACUCGGAUAGAGAGUUUUGAUUGCACAAUCCGACAAAGAGACCCUAGUUUCCCAAAAUCGACCACGAUGUAUGUAAAUUAUGAACAACCUGCGACGAUACCGCACUGCGACUACUCGCAGCAAGGCUGCUAUGAUGCUAUCGAAACAGCAUUUCCGGGUCAGGACGCUUUUUGGAGGGACAAGGAGUUCGAUGUGAUCAAUGUGUGGAGGCCUCUGCGUGGACCGAAUGACGACUGGCCACUGAUCAUGUGUGACUGGACAUCCGUUGACUCUGAGAACGAUAUCCUGCUGAAUGAUGGUCUACGACGUUCCGGCGUGGUGACCAAUUCACUGUUGCACAUGAACUCAGCCCAUAGAUGGUACUUCAUGAAAAGCCAAGGAAUUGACGACCUCGUCGUGUUCCGCAAUGCCGAUACAACUGGCAAACGGGCUCGCUGUUUCCACUGCUCCGCCUUCAACCCAGACGCAACGACUCUUCCUCGGCAAAGUGUUGAGGUCAGAUUGGUGGCAUUCCGCUAG